UAAGCUUAAGUUCAGUUUCGAGUUUUACGGGGAUCAUUUUGCUACUAUAUAUCUAAAUAAAAUGCGGAUAUUGGAUGUUUUGUUAAUCGCAGUUCUUUUUCUGCUGAUGCCAAAAUCAAAUGCCGAAAUUCCCGGUUGCGACUUCUUUGACACCGUAGAUAUUUCAAAAGCGCAAAGGUUCUCGAACGGAUCGUACCUCUACGAAGGCUUGCUGAUCCCCGCCCAUUUGACUGCUAAGUAUGACUACAAGCUCCUGGCCGACGACUCGAAGGAGAAGGUGGCGAGCCACGUACGAGGAUGUGCCUGCCACCUUAGGCCCUGCAUCCGGUUAUGCUGCCCCCAGUACCAAAUGAUGAAUAUGAGCGAAUGCUACGGCGACAUGACAGAGGACGAGCUGAACAAGCACGAUCCCUUCGUGAACGUGACGCUCAGCGACGGGUCGGUGGUCAGGAGACACUUCAAGGAGGACCUGAUCGUGCAGUCGGACCUGGCCAAGCCCGGAUGUCCCGAAAUGUACUUUAUGAAUCAUGAACUGCCGGGCAACGAAUUCACGCUGUUUGAGAAUGGAUCUCUUCUGCGUCACUGGGACAAUGCGGAACUGAGCAAGCGGGAGUACUGCGUCCAGCAUCUUUCAUUCACAGGUGAUAGUAUCCGAAUUGCACCCCACUUCUGUCCACUUUCGUCUGAGCACUCCAUAACGGGGAAGACCGUUGCGAUUGUGAUAUCCAUGGUAUGCAUAGUCCUAACGAUCAGCGUGUACCUCUAUGUCAGGAAGCUUCGCAACCUGCACGGAAAGUGUUUCAUUUGCUACUUGGCCUCCUUGUUCCUGGGCUAUCUCUUCCUGCUCCUCAACAUGUGGAAAUACUCCUCCGACUUCUGCGUUACAGCAGGGUUCAUGGGCUACUUCUCCGUCAUCGCCGCGUUCUUUUGGCUUUCCGUGAUUGGAAUACACUUUCGGAUUACGUUCAGUACACCCUCUAACGGUUUGAACCGAUUCCUGCCAGAUAAUCCGUUCCUUGCAUACAACGUAUAUGCCUGGGGCAUACCGCUACUCAUGACUGCAAUCACCUAUAUAGCUGACCAGGUAGUUGAUGACGAGAAUUUGAGACCCCGCGUGGGCGUCGCCGAAAAUUGUUGGAUCUACACUGGGGAUAUGACUGUCAUGAUCUACUUCUAUGGCCCGAUGCUGUUGCUAAUCGCUUUCAACAUAACAAUGUUUGUCCUUUCGGCGCUUGACAUAUAUAACAUAAAGCACAGUGUGAAUAGCUUCGCCAAAAAGCAAGAAACAAACCAACAGCUAAAUGACCAACAAUUGUUUACUAUAUUCCUGCGACUCUUCAUCAUCAUGGGCUUGUCGUGGAGCUUGGAAAUAGUCUCGUUUUUGUUGAGCAAACAGCAAGCUUGGGCUGAGGCUUUAAAGGUGGCUGACUACUUUAACUGGUCCCAGGGUACUAUCAUAUUCGCGCUUUUUAUUUUAAAGCCUAGCGUUCUAAAACUGCUAAUACCAGGGGGUCGAAACCUUCCAGGAAGUCACCAUAAUUCGAGAUCAAAAGCAGCUCGAUAUAAUUCAACUCAUACGGCUUGUGAAGGAUCGAUUGCGGAUCCAAACGCAGUGUAGCUUUAAUUAAAGGUCGUAGACGAAGAGUCGCUUGGAAUUCAGUAAGAUGCAAUGUCUUUGUAAUUGAUCACAUUAUUUUGAUUUUCUGUAGAGCCAAAGCUUCUAAAAAAAUAAUUGUGUCCAAGGCAAUACAUAAUUUCUUGGUAUAUAUACUAAUGUGCAUCGCCAUUGAAAC